GUUCUACUCUUUAUACUGUGUACAUAUAUAUUGAAUGCUUGCACAAGCUUUACCAAUAUGUACAUACCAACGUUUUUUGAACCUGUAAAACGACUGCUGAAAUGGGAAAAGGUUGCAAUAGACAAUUUUGUGUUUCGUCUUCAUUACAAGAUAACUGUUGUUAUGCUCCUGGUUUUUGUGGCAAUGGUAACGGCCAAACAGCAUUUCGGAGAUCCUAUAGACUGCCAUAUGGAGAGCUCGAAUUCUAUUCAGCCUAAAGCUACCAAUGGUUGGUGUUGGUUAACAGGAACCUAUACAAACGGGUUCAUCCGGAAGGAAGAUGAAGAAUAUUGCUUACAAACCUACACACGAGAUAUUUGCAGAUUUGGCACAUUCAACGCAAAAUUGCACACUAGAGUUUACCACAACUACUAUCAAUGGGUGGCCUGGGUUCUAUUCCUUCAGGCUUUACUGUUCCACACUCCUCGGCUUAUUUGGAAAACAUUGGAGGGUGGCAAGGUUAAGUUUAUAACGUCUAAAUGUGAAGUUACUUUACCACUUAACGAAGAAGAACAAGAGGAACGAGUGAGGAGGUUGUACACGUUGUACGCAAAGUACGCAGGGAAGAACAACAUGUACGCUCUCAUAUUCUUCGUUUGUGAGGUAUUGAACCUACUGAACGUGUGCCUCAAUUUACUGCUUGUUGAUGUAUUCCUGCAGGGUAGAUUUAAGAAUUAUGGUUCCGAUGCUAUAAAGGCGUACUUACGAGGGGAGGAUGACCCAAUGGGAGAUGCAUUCCCAAAGGCUUCCAAAUGUAAAUUUGAAAGAUAUGCUUCGGGCGGGGAUCUUGUGAAUCAUGAAAGUUUGUGCAUUCUUUCAUUAAACAUCGUCAAUGACAAGGUUUAUUUGGUGAUGUGGCUUUGGUUUCAUUUUCUAGUUGUAAUUACCUCUCUAAACCUUAUAUACAGGGCCCUGGUAUUACUAAUCCCCAUGGAUUAA